CCUCCGUACGGCGGGAUGGCGGCGGCGCCGCGUUGCGGGGGGCGGCGGCGGCCCGGAGCCGUCCUGCUGCGGCUGCUGGCGGUGCUGCUGCUGGCGGGCGCGGCGGGCGCCGGGCAGCGCUCCAAAUGGCGGCUGCCGGUGCUCCUGGGGAAGAAGUUUAACUUUGGGAAAAUUCUCUUCAGCAACACCACCAUUUUCCUGAGAUUUGAAGGCGAUGAAAAAGCUUGUGAUCCCUCCUUAGGUUUCAAUGUUACUUGGUACUUAAGAUAUUCUGACUGCUACAAUGAAGUCUUCAACUUCGGGGAUGAACAAGCAGAUAACUAUUUUGGGACCACAGCUGAAGAGCAUCCGGGUUGGUCGGGAUACUAUGCCACUGCUUCUCUUCUCUUUCCAAACUGCUCUGAGCUCUUCAGGCCUCAGAUUUUCUAUAAAGAAUUUGUUCAUCCAGAACCUCUCUCCCCUGAGAAACAAGAGGGCUUGAAAGAUAAGAAGGAGAACACAGGAAAUCACACAAUGGUGACCGAUAAAACUGCAAUGAAUGCUGUUAUCAAAACUUGGCGAGAUGGGCCAUAUAUAUUUAUUGUGCAAAUUGGAAGUACAACUGCAAAGGAUUCUAUUACCAGAGUUAAAAGAAUGGAGAGGACAACACCUUCCUCAUAUCAAAAUAAGCUCUUUACAAUGACAGUAGAACUGAAGGGGCCGUAUGAGUAUCUCUCACUUGCAGACUAUCCUCUGAUGAUUUUUUUCAUGGUGAUGUGUAUUGUGUAUGUAUUCUUCGGGGUUCUAUGGCUUGCAUGGUCAGCCUGUUACUGGCGAGAUCUCCUGAGGAUCCAGUUCUGGAUUGGUGCUGUUAUUUUCCUGGGAAUGCUCGAGAAAGCAGUUUUCUAUGCAGAAUUCCAGAAUAUUCGCUACACAGGAGAAUCUGUUCAAGGAGCAGUAAUACUGGCAGAACUACUCUCUGCUGUGAAGCGCUCAUUGGCUCGAACUCUGGUCAUCAUAGUCAGCCUGGGAUAUGGCAUAGUCAAGCCUCGCCUUGGAGUUACUCUUCACAAAGUAGUUAUGGCUGGAGCCCUUUAUCUGUUAUUUUCUGGCAUGGAAGGUGUUCUUAGAGUCACAGGGUUUUUCUAUGACACUGUGGCUCUGAUAGCAAACUUGGCCCUGUCCAUGAUUGAUGCCUGUAUUAUUUUGUGGAUAUUCAUCAGCUUAACUCAAACAAUGAAGCUGCUAAAACUUCGAAGGAAUGUUGUGAAACUCUCUUUGUAUCGGCACUUCACCAACACACUCAUCUUGGCAGUAGCAGCAUCUAUUGUAUUUAUCAUCUGGACCACCAUGAAGUUCAGGCUGGUGGACUGUCAGUCGGACUGGCAGGAGCUAUGGGUGGAUGAUGCCAUCUGGCGUUUAUUGUUUUCAAUGAUCCUUUUUGUCAUCAUGAUUCUGUGGAGACCAUCUGCUAACAACCAAAGGUUUGCUUUCUCACCACUGUCAGAAGAAGAGGAUGAUGAUGAGCAGAAAGAGCCAAUGUUAAAGGAAAGCUUUGAGGGAAUGAAAAUGAGAAGUACAAAGCAAGAACCAAAUGGGAAUGUAAAAGCAAACAAAGCUCAAGAGGAUGACCUGAAGUGGGUAGAGGAGAAUGUUCCUUCAUCAGUGACAGAUGUUGCUCUUCCAGCUCUUCUGGAUUCAGAUGAGGAAAGAAUGAUUACACACUUUGAAAGGUCCAAAAUGGAAUGAAGGAGUAGCUUUUUGCUGUUGGAAGUGGAGACGCCUCUUUUAAAGUUGCUUGGUGGAGCAAGUGCAUCCUGCUGAUUUGUUUCUUGAUCUCGGCCUUGAAAGUUUGCUUUACUGUCAUGGAGGGUGUCUUGCUGUGGAAGAAGUUCACAAGGACAUUAUAAACCUUUUGGAAAUUUGAAUUUACGAAGUUGCUGCAAGUUUGGAUUUUUAAGCAAUUUACAUAUGUACUAUUCCAGCACCUUCUGUAACUUUUCAAAUAUUUAAUCUGUGAAACUAAAAUUCCUAAUGUCUGCUUGAGGA